UAGGGACUGACCUCUGGUUGGAAUGCCCCGGCCCUGCCCAGGGACCCUUCCCUGACGGACACCCGGUGACUACCCAGGCCCAGCACUGACCACACGUCUCUGCCAACUUCAGUGUAGGGCUGGUGUACCCGCAUCAGGCCAGAAGAGCCUGCCUGCGCCCCUGUGCCCUGCCCCUGCCACCGGCCCAGUGGAGCCAGGACCGGCUGCUGCCCGCCUCCCCGCUCCCACGCUGCCCCCUGGCCUCUGGUCAUGGCACCCCUGCUCGGCCUGCUGCUGGUGGCCCUGGUGGGCCUGCCUCUGGCCCAGGCUCUGGACUGCCAUGUGUGUGCCUACAACGGAGACAACUGCUUCAACCCUAUGCGCUGCCCCGCCAUGGUCUCGUACUGCAUGACCACGCGCACCUACUACACCCCGUACCGGAUGAAGGUGAGCAAGUCCUGUGUGCCCAGCUGCUUUGAGACGGUAUACGAUGGCUACUCCAAGCACGCGUCCACCACCUCCUGCUGCCAGUAUGACCUCUGCAAUGGAGCUGGCUUUGCCACCCCAGCCCUCCAGGCCCUGGCCCCCAUUCUCCUGUCCACCCUUUGGGGUCUGCUGUGAGGCCCUGGCUCCCAGGGAAGACCAACUCAAAAGCAAAGCUCU